AUGUACCACCAUAACAAUGGCGAGGUUGCCAGCUUCCACUUCCUCCCGCCCCCAAACCCUUCCUCCUCCUUCACCACCCACCACCACAUGAACAUGGCCUUGCCACCUCAAGCCUACUUCCCGCCCACCUUCGAUCCUGCCGCUCUACUUGCCGGCGACGACGACGUGGCAGCAGCCUUUGAGUUUGACGCUAUCCUACUCGAAGAAGCGGCUCACCUCGCCGGCGGCAAUGGCUCGCCCAGCUCGGGCUCCGACGCCGGUGGCGGGAACUACCUCCAGGUGGGCGGUCCUGGCGCUGGAUUUGGCGCCGCAGAGGAGGAGAGGCGGCGGCGGCGAAUGGUCUCGAACCGGGAGUCGGCGCGGCGGUCGCGCAUGCGCAAGCAGCGGCAGCUGAGCGAGCUGUGGGCGCAGGUCACCCACCUCCGCGGAGCCAACCGCCGCCUCCUCGACGAGCUCAACCGCGCAUUGCGCGGGUGCGCCGACGCCCGCCGCGAGAGCGCCCAGCUCAGGGACGAGAAGGCCAAACUGAAUGAGAAGCUCGAGCAGCUGUUGCAGCAAUCGGCACCGGAGAAGAAGGCCGCCUCCUCCUCCCCUCCGGCCUCGAGCAAUCACAGUGGCCGCUCCUCGGAGCCAUGCAAGAGCAGCACAGCUGCUGCAGCUUCUAUCGAAUGA